AUGAACGCCGAGACGAGCUUCAAGGACACGUGCAAUGCGAUCAGGCGGCUGACCAUCGCGUCCCUCCGCAACGGUGCUAUCACGACCGUCCUCAUCGCGGUGGUCAUCUUCUGCAUCCAACCGGAGACCAACACCGCGACGAUGAUCGAGAUCAUCGUCGGCCGCAUUUACUCGCUCUCGAUGCUCUCUAACCCGAACAACCGCGCGUCGCUGCUCGGCGACACCAGCCUGCACGGCAACAAGACCUCAGAGGCCAACAUCGGUAUCAAUCCCCACGGCAUCGACGGCAACUACACGGGCGGGGUCCCGAUGGUGCUGCGCAUCCGGCAUGACGUGGAGACGCACUAUCAACGCGACGCUAUACCAAUGGAGGCGCGCGGCAAGGAGGGCGGCGGCCUGGAGAGUAACGAGGACGGGAUCGUCAUCGAGUAUAAGUUCCAGGAGGGGACCGUGUAUAACCAUCCUUUCUAG